AUGAAGAUCGAACCAUUCAAGAUCUCUAUUCCUCAAGCGAAGAUUGAUGCACUCCACGCACGUCUAAACAACACAAACUGGGCGCCUGAACUCCACAAUGAAGAUUGGUCUUCUGGAGUCAACGGCACUUACCUACGAGAGUUUACCUCCUACUGGAAAGAAAAUUUCGAUUGGCGAGCUCAAGAGGCAAAAAUGAAUGGGUUCCCGCAAUUCCGUACCGAAAUCGAUGGGGUACCAAUCCAUUUCAUACAUUUAAAAGGGAAGGGCGAGAAUUGUGUUCCGAUUAUUCUGAAUCAUGGGUGGCCGUGGACGUUUUGGGAUUUUAAAGAUGUGAUUAGGGAGCUUGCUGAUGGAGGGGAGGGAGAGCAUAGUUUUGAUGUUGUUGUGCCUUCGUUGCCUGGAUUUUGCUUUUCUGGACCCGUGAAGAAGAGUGUAGGAUAUGCGGAGACUGCUGCAUUGUGGGUGAAACUCAUGAAAGGCCUCGGAUAUUCAAAAUUCAUCACACACGGAGGAGACGCCGGAGCCUUUGUCAGCGCAAGAUUAGGCCAUGAAUUCCCAGACACAAUAUUGGGUGUACAUCUAAGCUUCCCUGUUUUGCCAGGCGUUGCGCAUGAAUCAGAUCCCGCUGAUUUCACAUCCGAAGAGUUAGCUUUGGCCAAAAGACAGGAAAGAGGACCUGGAGCUUUCGUACAUGUUUUGAUAAACGCGUUUGAUCCGCAGACGCUUGCUUGGGGUAUUCAUGAUAGUCCUGUUGGGCUUGCGGCGUGGCUUCUUUUGCGUCGGAGGGCAUGGAGUGAUUGUAAUGGCGAUGUGGAGACGAAGUUUGAUAGGGAUACGCUGUUAACACAUGUCUCGCUUUAUUGGUUCACUAAUUGCUUUAUAGGUUCUCAACUUUUUUGUAAGGCGUCUGAGUUUGUGAGGCCGAUGGAGUUAGUUAAUAAGAGGAAGCCGGCGAUUAGUGUACCGACUGCGGUUGCAAUUUUGCCGAAGGAUUUGAUGUGUAAACCGCGGAAGGUUGUUGAGAGGCAUUGUGAUCUGAGACAGUGGACUGGUUUUCCUAGUGGUGGGCAUUUUGGAGCUGCCGAAGAGCCGGAGAGGAUGGUUGGAGAUAUUAGGAGGUUUGUUAGGGGAUUGCGUGGUUAG